AUGGCUGAUCCUGCAUCGGUGAUUGGUACAGCUGCAGCUAUUUUGCAACUGACACAGAGCGCUUGUAAGACCGCCCUGGAGCUUUACAACUUCUGCUCAGUCGUUCAGAAUGCACCCCAGGAGAUUCUCACAAUCAGCCGAGAUGCCCAUGCAUUCUACAUGACGAUUUCCAAUCUUGAAAGCUCCCUUCGCAGUGACACAGUAGCAACUGUCGUGAGCAGAGAUGCGGAGAUUAUGACAGCGUUAGAGACGCUCAAGAUCCCGAUUGAAAAUUGCUCCAUAGCCUGUGAAGCGAUACUGGAGAAACUCCUGCCACAUCUCCGCGUUGACAGUUCCUCAUCUCAGGAUGUGGGGAUAUCUGAUGCGACUGAUGGGACAUUGCCAAUCCAACGACGAAGAUUCAGCCGUAGAAAUAUGAUGUGGUAUUUCAAGCGGAAGGAAAUCCUUGCUUUGGGGGCGGAGUUGGAGCGAAGCAAAGCGACACUUGGCAACGCUAUGGGGAGUGCAAUUUUUUUGGUUGUACUGAGAAUCCGUGCGGUCGUAGGCACCGGUGUCAUAGUCCAAGGGAGCCUUGACACAGACGACGAUCUUGACCCACCCUCGACUGAACACCCUACACUACAUAGUGUCGGCGAAACACAAGGAGACUAUGGAUUCAAGGGGAACUUAGGGUCGGCCUUGACGAAAUAUGCUGCACUAGUGUUUGAUCCCCCCAUCGACCGUUUCCGCAUCUACGAGCUGGAAGGCUAG